CAAAAACUGAGAAAAAGGUAAAAAGAAAGAAAAAGAAGAAGGUAAAGAACAAGGCAUAGGCGCUGAUACUGAAAUAGCAUAACACUUCCAUAUUCAGACAUACCAUUAACAUCAAACCUAAUAAUUUUAAAUGCUAUUAUCUCUUAAUGGGUCAGGAAGUCCGAGAAGCCCAGAGGCUAAAUUAGGGCUGGAAGUGGAAGACUUGUGGGACGUACAAGAGCCCCAACUAUCUCCAACCGAGAAGCUUAAUGCUUGUUUCGAAAGCAUUCCUGUUUCAGAGUUUCCACAAGCUUCCUCUUCCCAAGUAAUCGAGAUCAAAUCGGAUGCCAGUCUAGGUGAAGCCGUUCGGUUGCUAUCUCAAAAUAAAAUUCUAAGUGCACCGGUUGUGGACGUUGAUGCACCCGAGGAUUCUAGUUGGAUGGACAGAUAUCUCGGGAUCGUAGAGUUUGCAGGCAUUGUCGUUUGGAUUUUGCAUCAGUCAGAAAAGAAUAGUGGGAUAGAUGCUGCAGAUGUAUUUGCUAGAGCAUUACAAGAAACCACGGGACCUGCGGUUGCAGCAGCAGCGAGCGGGAUGUCUUCCCCAAGAUAUCGGAGCUCACAGCCUGGUUCUCCUAAAACCGCUGGCAACUUUUUUGAGCUAUUGACUUCUUCUGAUUUCUAUAAAAACACAAAGGUUAAAGAUAUCUCGGGAUCAUUUCGCUGGGCACCAUUUCUUGCUUUGCAACCAUCCAACUCCUUUCUGACCAUGCUUUUACUGCUAUCAAAGUACAGAAUGAAGAGUAUUCCAGUGGUUGAUUUAGGGGARAGGAAGAUCGACAACAUUAUCACCCAAUCUGCAGUAUUCCAUAUGUUGGAGGAAUGUGCAGAUCUCCAAUGGUUCAAAAGYUGGGGAUCUAAGAAAMUAUACGAACUUGGUCUUCCUCUUAUGAAAUCUAAUCGGGUUAUYAAGGUAGACGAGGAUGAACCAGUUCUACAGGCAUUUAGAAUGAUGCAGGAGAAGGGAGUUGGCGGGGUGCCGGUGGUUGCUAGCGGCGGAAACAAGAUGAUUGGUAACAUAAGCAUCAGGGAUAUUCAAUUUCUCCUAAUUGCCCCCGAGAUUUACAAAGAUUAUAGAUCGAUCACGACUAAGAACUUCGUAACAGCAGUUAAAAACUACUUGAAGGAGAAUGAGAAGGCAUUACCUGUGAUGAGUGGCAUGAUUACCUGCAGAAAAGAGGAUACACUUAAAGAUGUGAUUAUGAAGCUUGAUUCGAUGAAGGGUCAUCGUAUAUAUGUGGUUGAUGAUCAAGGGAACCUUGAAGGAUUGAUAACACUGAGAGAUAUCAUAUCUAGGUUAGUACACGAGCCUAGAGGAUAUUUUGGGGAUUUCUUUGAUGGUGUUUUGCCCUUGCCUCAAAACUCUAGGGUUUAGGAACAAAUGUCCAUUGUAACAAGGGUGUUUUUGUCAUCAAGAGUCUCCUGUUAAUUUGCAACUUUUCUAUAUUUGAAUGAAUGAAGAUGUAUAACUUAAUCAUUUAGGUGGAUUCUUGUAUGUCAAAAGUCUGGAUAACAUAAAACUGUAUGCACAUUUUACAACCUAACGAACGCUACAAAACUUUGUGCCAUUUCGGAUGCAUGAGGUCACUAAGAAAAAACCAAACCAAUCAACUCAGACCUCAGUAUAUAUCACCCGGAGGUGAGUGAGGUUUGGGAUGGUAAAAUGCUGGCAGACCUGACCUCUACCCAAAAAGUACAACUGUUAUCAAGAAAACUCCCAGGCUUGUGAAAAGUGUGACAAAAAGAGAGUCAGAAAUUGAAAAGGAACUUAUGAUACUCAUUGAAUUUGACAAAAACUUCUACUUGUUUGUAUCGCAUUUUUUAAAAAUCUAGAAAAUCACACAUAAGAAGAUGCUCAAACUAGAUUCAACUCUUGGACUGUCCAUUAGGUAUCUUAAUCACUUUGACAUGCCUAAUUGAGCUUCCGUUUGUCUAUAUCCCUCCACGACACGACUCUAAUAUUCAUUUUCCUUCAAAUCAAGUAUUCUGAAACACUAUGACCACCUACAAGCAAAAGGCAACGACAGCUAAGAGCGACAAAAAAUUUGGUUCCUAAUACUAUCUGUACAGAAUUACAUUCACAAGUGACUAGAGACAUAUUUGGCCACACAGAGAUCUUCAAAGACAAAAGGUGUUUGAAAUUUUGUUCAUUAAUUAGUUCGUUUAGCAUAUGUUUUCAAUUAAUUAAGAAGCUAAUACUUGCUUUUCUGCUAAGAUGUUGGUGGGCAUGGUGCAUUUCCAAUGGAGAAGGCAGGAAUCAGCUUUGGAUAUGUUAGAUGACUCAAAACACAUCCUAUAAAGAAGAGAACUUUGAAAUGAUUAUUAGAAAGGGAACCUCUUUUGAACAGUAGAACAGUCUUACAACUAUGCAGAUCCAACUGCAUGGCCUCCUAGCCCAAUUUUGGUAAGAAUAUGAUUUCAUCCAUAGAU